GGGGGCGAGGGGCACCCCCAGCUAUGGGGCAGGGCAGGUGGUUCUGCUCAGGGCCAAAGGCUUUGGGGUGAUUCGUCUCAUUGCCUUCUGCCCCGGGGUAUUUGUGGGGGGCAAUGCAGUGCCCCACUGCUACCUGAGGAGAGCACUGGGUGAAUGGGGGUCAGCAGCCUCCACAGCCCUCACAAAGGCACAGGCAGGGGAAGGGACUUCUUGGGUGGAAUGCAUUGCAUCCAACCGUGUCCCCAUUGUGCCCCACCAAAUUCCCACUGGACUGUCCCCAUGUCCCCAUUGAGGCACCACCACGUCCCCGUUGCCACCACCCUGCUGGGAUGGCUGCUCUUGGGCGAUGCUCUCGUGCUGUUGCAUCCUGGCUGCAUCCCACCCCACCAUCUCUGCUGCUGUCCCCACAUCCUCUCAUCCCCUCCCCUUCUUCACAUCCACCUGCCCCUCUGUGCUGGUCCCACAGCUGGGAUUGGGGCCGGGAGCUGUGAAUCCGGCCCUGUGGGUGCUGUGUGCUGCAGGGUUGGUUCCUCUUCUCCAGGCUGGGCUGCAUCACGGUGCCCAGCACCUCUGGGUUGUAGGGCCAUGCAGGAGGACGUGAGAGUGUGGGGUAUGGAGGUAGCGUGCAGCUUGGGGGGCUGCCACUCAGCCCUGCUGGGAUCCCUGCUCUAUUUCCCAACCCAAAGCCUGGGCCCGUGCCGGCCAGGAGGUUCCUUUAGAGGCUGCAGCUCCUUCCCCUUCCUCCCCUCCUCCUCCUCAUUGCUGCACUCGCUGGCCUCUUCCUCCUGCCCCGGUGGAGGUGCUUGUGGGGCUGACGUGGUUCCUCCUGCUGCUGCCCACACGUUCCCAGGAGCUGAGGCCACCACGCUGUGCACCUUUGGCUCCAUUCCUUCUCCCAGUGCAGCCUGUGGUCAUGGCUGAACCCUGCAUGGUGUCCCCAAGGCCAAUGGGGUGACAUGCAGGGUGACCCCGCUGUGGGUCCCCCCUGUUCAGGAUGUGCCACGAUCCCACAAUUCUGUGAUCAAACCGUGGGGCUGAGGCUGGCCCUGCACCCCAUGUGCGCCCCCGCUGCUGGCGGCCGGGUGGCUGAGCAGCUUUGGGACGGCAGCCAUCCAACCCCAGAAGCUCCCCGUGCCAUCAGGCCCUGGAAAUCGGAGCAGAUGGAUGGGAAGUGGUGACGAUGCUGACCCGUGGUGCUGGGGGUGAUGGAGGGCACGGCGCUGGCAGCACGAUGGCACUGGGGCAGGUGGGGCUGCCAGGAAGGGCUCGGUGGCCAUCUGCUGCAGGGCCAGGUGCCAACACGUGGCUGUGGGGCACAGGGAUGAGCGCAUCCCCUCCCCAAGGAUGGGAGCAGGGAGCUGUUUGGGGGGCUGAGCUUUGGGGUGGGUGCGAUGCUGAGGGGCAGCCCUGAGAGUGCGGGGAUUUGGAGGGGUUGGUGCUUUCCUGCAAGUUUGUCUUUCGCCUCCGCUGACCCUGGAAUCUGUCAGUUCAGUGCAGACGUGGAGUGAAAUGGGAAGCUGCUGUGAAGGGGAGGGGGCUUCCCCAUGGUGGGGGUUUGUCAGUCGAAACGCUGACCCUGUGUCUGCAGGAGGAAGCCCCAAAGAGCAGCCAAGCACUUUGGGUUUGGCAACGCUGCCCCGUCAGCAGCAGCCCCCGUCGGUUUAGGAAGUGGAUGAGGAGAGCCAGCCCUGCUUCUGCUUGGUGUUCUGAAACCCUUCUGCCAAGAGAGGGAAGGGAGAAUCAGAUACUGCGAUGGGGGAACCCCGCUCUCCACCACCAGGCUCUCCCACCCCUGCAGCAGGACCGCAGCCCCCAUCCCACCAUGGCACUGCCAUGCUGCAGGCUGUGAGCCCCCAUCCCCAACCCUGUGCACCCAGAGGAGGUGGCGCCAGUGCUGGGGACACAGCUGUCCCCACCAGGAGCUCUCCUCCUCCUCACAGAUGCUGCGCGGCUCCGGAUGGAGAAGCACAGCCACAACCACAGGGAGCCCUUCCUCCCGCAGCCGCCCGACCCGUGGCAGCUCUGGGGACAAAGCUGGGGGCUCUGUGUCACCCUGCCCUGCUCCCUGCGGCACCUCUGCUCGGACAGAGCUGGUCGGUUCGCUGGGGACACGACGGGAUGUGGUUUCAGCGCACGCAGAAGUGCUUCAGCUCCUGCAGGGCUGUUGCAGAGACCUUGCAGCCUUUGCAGGAGGAUUGCAUCCUGUGCAGGGCUCCUGGAGAUGCAGCAGAGCCCUUGUGGGGGUAUUGCAGCCCAUGUGAGGUUUUUUAGACUGUGUUGGGUUCUGUCAACCCACGCAGAGGUGUUUUAGGCCGUGGAGGGGUGUUGCAGCUCAUGGAGGGGCAUGGAAGUCCGUGCAGAGCGUUGCAGCCCAUGCGGUGUUGUUGCAGCCCAUGCAGUGGUGCUGCACAGAUAUUGCAGCCAGCAUGGGGGUAUUUCAGCCAUGCAGGGUUGGGUUAGGCUAUGCAGGGGCACUGCAGCCCCAUGUAGGGGUAUUGCAGCCCCCACACAGGGCUCUGCCCCCCACCUGAUGCCUCUCCCAAUGCCUGCAGGUGCCUCUCUUCCCCGAGCUGACAUGGAGCAGCUGAAGUGACCCGAGGAGCUGUCACAGCCGUGCCAGGAUGGGCUGUGUGCACUGCAAGGAGAAGAUGUCCGGCAAGGGGCAGGGGGGGAGCAGCACGGUGACCCCCGCUCACCCGCCCUCCCAGUACGACCCCGACCCCACGCAGCUCAGCGGUGCCUUCACCCACAUCCCUGACUUCAACAACUUCCACGCUGCAGCCGUGCCCCCCCCUGCACCCUUCUCAGGGCCGAGCUUCUACCCCUGCAACACGCUGCAGGCACACAGCAGCAUCACGGGUGGGGGUGUGACGCUCUUCAUUGCCCUGUAUGACUACGAGGCCAGGACGGAGGAUGAUCUGAGCUUCCAGAAAGGGGAGAAAUUCCACAUCAUCAACAACACCGAGGGUGACUGGUGGGAGGCACGGUCGCUGAGCUCAGGUGCCACAGGUUACAUCCCCAGCAACUACGUGGCCCCCGUGGACUCCAUCCAGGCAGAGGAGUGGUACUUUGGAAAGAUCGGGCGCAAGGAUGCAGAGCGGCAGCUCCUGUGCCACGGCAACUGCAGGGGCACCUUCCUCAUCCGUGAGAGCGAGACAACAAAAGGCGCCUACUCCCUCUCCAUCCGGGACUGGGAUGAGGCCAAGGGUGACCACGUGAAGCACUAUAAGAUCCGUAAGCUGGACAGCGGGGGUUACUACAUCACCACCCGGGCACAGUUUGACACCAUCCAGCAGCUGGUGCAGCACUACAUAGAGUGCAACGAUGGGUUGUGCCAUCAGCUAACCCGAGCGUGCCCCGCUAUGAAGCCUCAGACCCUGGGAUUAGCUAAGGACGCCUGGGAGAUAGAGCGGGAGUCCAUCAGCCUGGACAAGAAGCUCGGCAUGGGAUGUUUUGGAGACGUGUGGAUGGGGACGUGGAACGGCACCACCAAGGUGGCAGUGAAGACACUGAAGCCAGGCACCAUGUCCCCCGAGGCCUUCCUGGAGGAAGCUCAGAUCAUGAAGAGGCUGCGGCACGACAAGCUGGUGCAGCUCUACGCCGUGGUGUCAGAGGAACCCAUCUACAUCGUCACCGAGUUCAUGAGCCAAGGCAGCUUGCUGGACUUCCUAAAGGAUGGGGACGGUCGCUACUUGAAGCUGCCCCAGCUGGUGGACAUGGCUGCACAGAUCGCCGCGGGCAUGGCUUACAUCGAGCGGAUGAACUACAUCCACCGGGACCUGCGUGCUGCCAACAUCCUGGUGGGCGACAACCUGGUGUGCAAGAUUGCCGACUUCGGCCUCGCCCGCCUCAUCGAGGACAACGAGUACACGGCACGGCAGGGUGCCAAAUUCCCCAUUAAGUGGACAGCCCCAGAGGCAGCCCUCUUUGGGAAGUUCACCAUCAAGUCAGACGUCUGGUCCUUCGGCAUCCUGCUGACGGAGCUGGUGACCAAAGGCCGGGUGCCCUACCCAGGGAUGAACAACAGGGAGGUGCUGGAGCAGGUGGAGCGGGGUUACCGCAUGCAGUGCCCGGGUGGCUGCCCCCCAUCCCUGCACGACGUGAUGAUGCAGUGCUGGAAGAGGGAGCCCGAGGAGCGUCCCACCUUUGAGUAUCUUCAGUCCUUCCUCGAGGAUUACUUCACAGCCACUGAGCCCCAGUACCAGCCCGGGGACAACCAGUGACCCCACGUUAGGAGGGCUGGGGGGGCUGAUCCUCCCCUUUCUGCAGGGGGUUUGUUGCUCUCAUCGCCUUCAUCCCCUGUGAGUGCCUUUGAGGCUGUGCAGAGGGUGCCCUUGGGGGGCUUUGCACAUGGAGUUUGGACUCAGGGGGCUGCGCCGUGCCCAGCUGUGCCCCCCUCCCCCAGCACCUCUCUCAUUGCCUUCACUGCCAGCUUUGAACCUGAGAAGUGCUUUGGAUGGGGGAGGAAUGUGCCCCCCCCCCCCCCCUAUCCAGCACACAGGUGUCCUGAGGGUGCCCCCUCCCCAUCUCACCACCCAGCUCAGCUCUGUGCAGCUGCGGGGUUCAGACCCCAAAUCCUGGGGAAGGUCAUCUCACCCCCCCCCCUAAUACUGUCUUUAAUUUAUAACCCCCCCCCCCCAGCAGCCAUCUCCCCCUCAGAGACCCCUAUAUUGGGGGGAGGGGGAGAGAGAGAGAGGGGCUGCUCCUUGCCUCACCUGCUGCUUUCUUCUCUUCUCCUCAAAGCAGAACCAAAAUCCUGAAAGCCAUAAACUGCUGCUGCACUGAAGGAGGGACAGAAGGGGGGCUGGGGGGACCCAGGGCAGAUCUGUCUCAGGGGCUGCUUAUUGGGGCCCCAUUGCCUUAUUUGGGAACAGGGAGGAGGGGAGCGUGGGGCAGGUUCACCCCCAUAGUGCCUACAGGGGCUCAUCUCAACCCCCAAAAUCCCUGCA